ACUAUGAUGUAGACAUAUACAGACAGUAGGUACCGUCUUUACCAUAAGGGCCAAUCGAGGCCUGUGCCCAUCCUCAGGUGACCCCGAAGGACCAACAAUUUCUACAACGAACACAACAACCGGGUGCCGCGCAAUUUGUAGCGGGUUCGAUUCAAAAUCUUUAUGUGCUCCCCAAAUUGUUGUUCCUGGUCUGGGUGUCAUGUGUAUGUGAACUUGUAUCUUUGUAAAUGCACCCAUAUUAAAUAACUCCUAGCGUGGGGCAUCAUUAAAAAAAAUCCAAAAGGGCCCCGAAUUAUUGUGUGCCCAAGGGUCCCAGCGUAGUAGACGGCCCUCCAUACAGACCCUUUUUUCAACGUCCUUGGAAUACAGGGCGAAAAAAACUAUUAUAAGUACCUAUGUACCUAUACUCUGGUUGUCAUUGUUUGGCUGCUUGGCGUGGUCACUGUAUUGCAGACUUAUUACCAAAGAGUAUAAUAAGUAAAGGGGUGUAAACUCUUUGAUUCCAGAUGAAAACUUUGAUGGUUACCAAAAAAAAAAGAUAUUUUUAUGUUUGAUCUGAUUAUUCAAAAUAUCGUUUUCUAUAAAAAUGGUGUUCGAUUAUUUUGACAAGUAUACAUUUCUCUGUGAAAUCUUUGAUGAAGACGCUGAUAUUAUAGUUGAAUUAGUACUUAACUUUUUCCCUUUUGAUAAUUCAUGCCAAGUUAUAAACCCAAAAAAAGGAAAAAGCCUACUAAGACGUGUGCAAUUGCCAACGCUUAAAAGGGAAAUGCUACAAAUUGGCAAUAUAGUGAAUGUUUUUUCAAAAUUACUUCUUAUUACCGAUUGCACACCGCUAACAAAGAGAACUUUAUUUAGCAAAGUAGAAAGUACCUUUGCAAUGAUCAAACCCAUGUCGUCAAAUAAACAUGGAACUAUUAUCACGUUCAUAAUGAAGAAGGGGUUUCGUAUUGUACGAAUGAAAAACGGAAAGAUCAGCAAAGAUUUUGCUACGAAGCUUUAUAAACAUAUGGUCGGGGAAGGUAUGCUCCCUAUUAUAAUUGACUACGUCACUAGUGGUGAAGUUAUAGGUCUAGAACUUGUUGGCCCCAACGCCAUAGCAGAAUGGCGUCGGUGUCUAGGUGCAACAGACCCUGCAGAUGCUGAACCUGGCACACUCAGACAAAUAUUUGGAGAAAAUAUUCUCAGAAAUGCCGCUCAUGGCUGUAUUUCAGUAAAUGACGCUGCAGAGAUGUUAGACUUAUAUUUUGGUUACGAAAAUGGCGUGCCACGAAUACCAUUUAGAGCAACGUAUGAAAAUUGUACUUGUUGCGUGAUCAAACCACACGUAUUGUUAGACGGUAACGUCGGAGCAGUUCUCGAACAAAUUACAGCUACAGGAAAGUUCCAUAUUACCGCUAUGGCUAUGUUUUCCGUUGAAAUAGCUGAUGCUCAAGAGUUCUAUGAAAUAUAUAAAGGAGUUUUACCCGCAUUCGAGGGUAUGUGUAUACACCUGGCCGAAGGAAAAUGUGUAGUAUUGGAAAUUCAAUGCAUAGAUCCUAAUUUGAACUGUGUUUCUGAAUUCAGACAAUUAGCCGGCCCUCGAGAUCCGGGCUUAUGUCGUCAAUUGUACCCAAACAGUAUUAGAGCUCUCUAUGGAAAAACAAGUAUUCAGAAUGCUAUACACUGCACAGAUUUGCCUGAGGAUGGGAAAACUGAAGUUCAAUAUUUCUUCAAACUCUUAGCUAAGACACAGUUUGUUUAAGAAGUAAAUAUUAUUUA